AUGCACUGUGUCUGUGAAGGAAUUCUCAAGAGACAGCUUUUUAACAGGUGGCUCAAUCCAAAUUUUGCUUCAGAAUCGUACAGCCUGGUGGGAUUUGCAGUAGAAGUCAAUGAGAUACUUUUGUCCGUUCAAGUACCUCAUGACUGCAACAGAAAGCCACGUAGCCUUGAUGAUCUUAAACUCUGGAAAGCAUCAGAAUUUCGUUUAUUUGUUCUUUUUACUAGGUUACCUCGCCUUCAAGAUGCUGUUCUUAGCGAUCAUUUGUAUCACUUUGCUCUUCUUACCACUGCUUUGCGUAAAUUGCAUUUGGUUCCUUUGUCGAAAGUUUGUGUUGAGAAAUCCCAGGUUUUAUUGGAUAACGUUGUAAGACUCCUUCCAAAUCUUUAUGACAACAAGAGUGUACCUUCAACAGCCACUCUCUGCUUCAUUUUCCUUACCAGGUACUUGACCAUGGUUCCCUGUCUUUCACAUCUGUGUUUGUUUUUUAAGCUUUUUGAAGCUAGCAAAUCUCAAGAGUUUAUACUCUGGAGCAGAGACUAUGUUAAAGGAAACUGCAAAGAUAUUCCAGCUGCUGCUAGAUUUGCACAGCAUCUGCUGCUUGAAAGUGAAAAUGUGAGAAUAAUAGAUGGAGGAAUGCUUCUUCAUGAGCCUGUGCUUUACAAGAAGCUCGAUGAUCAGUUUCAUAAUGUCCUUCAUAAAACAUUUGGUGUGGGAGCUGAUGCAGAACACUUGGUAUCCUACCGGCUAACAAAAGAUCAUGUUACUUUUCACAGUACAAUGUACCCCAGAAGAGGCAAUUCCUGCAGUUACCUCAUAGAGUGCCAUUCGCAUGGAAGGGUGGUCUUUAGCAGAGUGUGUGUUAUAUUUCUUAUGAAAAUAUCACUUACGCGUUACUACUGAAAUACAACAUAGGUUUAAAUGUAUGCCAAGGGCUUCCCCUGCCACAAGAUGUCGUUCUACAAGAAAUUGUCAGAAGAACUUUUCCGGGGCAAGAUUUUAUGGAAGUUCAGGAAACAAACAUUCCAACGAUUGUUAACUGUAAUGCUAUUGUGAAUAGGUGCUUGGAAGUU